UUAAUCGUGUUUUUCUUGAGCAAAUUAUUUGUGUUCUUGUGUUUUGUAGUGAUAUUAUAUGAAUCAUGGGCCCCCUAAGCUUCCAUAGAACCCACAAAUCACGUCUUUUAUUUCUGUGGACUUUCUAGCUGUGUUUCAUCUUUUGUGACGCGUGAAUCUCACCGAUAAUAUUGUCGCGCAAGAAUGAUUUACCUCCUCAAUAACUCAAUAUAGUAAAACACUGUCUACUUUUUAGAUGUUUUCUUUAUUCUAUGACUGAACCUUGAUCAUGGUACCCUCUUGGAUUGUUAUGACACUUCAGUUGCCUCUCAAAAUUCACCACUGUCGACAACUGUCCGUCUCAAAGUCAGAACCUGUCAGUCCUGGCAAGUAUUGCGUGUCACUAGUGAAGAAAUAUGACAAUGAAAACUUUUUGUGCACUUUAUUGUUACCUAAGGAUCUGCAAUCAUCAGCUUUUGCAGUUCGAGCGUUCAAUGUUGAGAUAGCAAAUGUUCUGGGGCGCACGAAAGAGAGUCAAAUAGCUCUUAUGCGAUUAAAAUUUUGGGAAGAUGCUUUAGAUAAAAUUUUUCUCGAUGCUCCUCCACAACAGCCUGUGACAAUAGAAUUAGCUAAAGCUGUGAAAAAAGGCAUCAAUAAGAGAACUUUGAAACGUUUGAUCUCUUCAAGAGCUGAAAAUUUGAAACUGUCCUUGUUUCCAAAUUUAGCUAGCAUGGAAGAUUAUGCUGAAAAUACUGUAUCUCCAGUUUUAUAUGCGCUCCUUGAAGCAUCAGGAAUCAAAAAUGUCCAUGCCGAUCAUGCAGCCAGUCAUAUUGGGAAGGCUCAAGGAAUUUUCAACCUUAUCCGAGGGUUGCCGUUCAACAUUCAGUCCGGUCAGCUUUACCUACCGCAAGACAUUCUGGUUAAAAAUAAAGUUGUACAAGAAAAUAUCCUAAGAGGAAAAAGCAAUAAACCCUUGCAAGAUGCUAUUUUUGAAAUAGCAUCAAGGGCAAAGCAACACUUGGAUAAAGCAAGGAAUUUAACGAGUAGUGUACCCAAAGAAGCUUAUCCUAUUUUUUUGCCUGCCUUUACUGUUGAAUCAAAUUUAGAAAAUUUACGACUUGUUGAUUUUGAUGUUUAUUCCCCUAAAUUCCAGAAAAAGGAUGGCUUACUUCCUUUGAAGCUGUACUGGAAAAAGUUUUUACAUAAAUACUAGGCUGUUUUUAUAAAAAAAUUUACCUAAUUUUCACCUGCUGUUUUGUUCAAUAAUAAAUGAAUCCAAGUCACUGUA